AUGGCGGUGGUGUGCGUGCGGCAGGCGGCGCUGUGCGGCGUCAACGGCGGCGGUGUGCGCAUACGGCUUGGCACGGUCGUGCGGUCGGCGCUUCGUGGCGGCAAGCGUGCGCGCACGCACGCGUGUGCUCGGCCCGGGGCCGGCGUGGCGUGGCGCGGCACGGCGCUCGGCCAGUGCACGGGGUGCGGGCGGGCAGGCGGCUUGGCACGGCUGUGCGGCGGCCGGCGUCGCGGUCCGGGGCUCCGCGGCACGGCGAGCGCGUGCCCACGGCCCGGGUCGGCUUGGCGCGGCGCGGCGCGUUCGUGCGCGUGUGCUCGCGCACGGGCGGGCCGGGGCGGCGCGCGCGAGCUGGGCAAGUGGGGUGAGCGCGCGCGCAAGAGCGGGGCAGGGCAGGCCGGGAAGCGGCGCUCGGGCGGCCGGGCUGAGAGAGGAGGGGGGGCCAGGCCAGGCGGAGCGGAGCAGGCCGAGCGGGCGGUGCUCGGGAGCGGGCAAAGCAGGGGCCGAGCGCGCGGGUAG